AUGGAUUUUCGCUACAGAGUACGUAAAGCUUUUAAUCAGUUGGGGCCUGACUCUAUAUCUACAAGCAAGCGAGUCAUCUCUACAGCUUCGAGUGAUGAAUAUUGGAGGAUGGGAAAGGUCUCUUUACCACGCUUAGACGCCAUAGCCACCCGGACGCAGUAUAAUUUCCAGAAAAAUGCCUUUUACUAUGCAACCUUCUUCUGUGCUUCCUGGCUGUUUACAUUCUUUUGGUACCCCUUUUCCUUACUAGCAUUGAUGGUUGGCGUUUUUCUUAGCUUUGUAGCAUAUGCCAUUGGUGACAUUAGUAUUGACGAGAAUAUUCAGGUGAAACAUAGGUAUACUGUCACAGCCAUCUCUUCUCUAACUUUGAUGGUUACCUUCUUCUUGGUGCCUUUUAGCCGCCUUUUAUUGUCUCUCUUUCUAAUUUCCGGUACUUUGCUUGCUCACGCUACGCUCACCCCACAUGAAAAUCCUGCAGGGUUGUUGUAA